ACAGUAUCCAUUAGGCAUAAGCUGCCAUCUGAUCUCUCCGUAUAAAAAUUCAACAUUCCAUUUCAUUUUCUCCGAGUAAACACCCAAUUUGACUUCUUUUUCUGCAACCCAACCCUCUCCAUCAUCCAUAAAUCGAAAGCAAUGGCCAAUUCGUCGCCGGCGGUUCUCCCGCUUUCCACCGCGCCACCCGCCACCGCCUCUGAACCCGCAAUUGCGCCCACCUCUGCUUUCCGUGCCUUCUUGAACAACAUUUCCGAAACCGUUCGCAAAGGGCUAUCGACCCGCCGCCCGUGGGCGGAGCUCGUGGAUCGCUCCGCCUUGUCGAAGCCGGACUCCUUCUCGGACGCGACUCUCCGCAUCCGCAAGAACUACGCGUAUUUCAGGACCAAUUACCUCGCCCUCAUCGCCGCCGUCCUCGGAAUAUCUCUCGUCACCCACCCGCUCUCCCUCGUCUUCCUCGCCGCCCUGCUCGCGGCCUGGCUCUUCCUGUACCUCUUCCGCCCCUCCGAUCAGCCUCUGGUCCUCUUCGGCCGCCAAUUCUCCGACAGGGAAACCCUGGGAGGCCUGAUCCUCUCCACCGUCGUCGUGAUUUUCCUCACCAGCGUCGGGUCGGUUCUCGUCUCCGCCCUGAUGGUGGGCGUCGCAAUUGUCUGCAUCCACGCCGCUUUCCGUGACCCGGAAGAUCUGUUUCUCGACGAGCAAGAUGCUCCGGCCGUCGGGUUCCUUUCUUUCUUGACCGCCGGCGCCCCGUCAAAUGGGUCAGCUCCCGGCGUUGCACCUCGGAUUUGAGCGGCUCUUCCGUGAACCGGAAAUUGCGACGCCGGCAUCUGUUUGCGGCGAUUCCUUUCAUCAAAUUCAUGUAAAAAUUACAGCUUCAUCAGGUGGACAAUUACUAAUUGCUGUAGAGUAGACCAAUUUUAAUUCAUUAUUAUAGACUUAUAGUUGUACAGGCUUAUGUAUACUGCAAAUUAUACUUUGCAUUCGGAUGGAUUCUUACGUGCAGAAUUUUUUGUAUUUUUUUGUUUAUAAUUGCUCAUUGCGAGUUUGCAAAUUGCAACUAAAGAUUUUUUACUUAUGGAUG